CCCUCUACAGUUUCUGUCACGCUCAUAAGAAAACAAGGGGUCCUCUGUAAACGUCUUUUUGUUUAGGCGGUCUCUUAAAAUGCCUGCUACUACUGUUUCUUUUUUCCCAAAAUGGCGUCUAUGAGGGAGAGUGAUACCGGUUUGUGGCUUCACAACAAACUGGGCUCUACAGAUGAGCUAUGGGCUCCCUCCAGCAUUGCUUCGCUUCUCACAACUACUGUUAUUGAUAAUAUCCGAUUAUGUUUCCACAAUCUCUCGUCCCCGGUGAAGCUCAAGUUGUUGCUCGGGAUGUUACAUCUCCCUAGGCGGGCAGUGGACGAGAUGAAAAGUGCUUUGACUGAAAUUAUACAGCUUGCUACUGUUGAUUCUGAUCCCUGGGUCCUAAUGGUGGCUGAUGUUCUGAAAUCUUUCCCAGAGACUGGAUCCCUUAAUCUUGACUUAGAGGAACAGAAUCCUAAUGUCCAAGACAUUUUAGGAGAACUUCGAGAAAAGGUAAAUGAAUGUGAAGCUUCUGCUAUGUUGCCAUUAGAGUGUCAGUAUUUGAACAAAAAUGCCUUAAUGACUUUAGUUGGACCACUUACUCCUCCUGUAAAACAUUUCCAGCUGAAACGGAAACCCAAAAGUGCCACACUUCGAGCAGAAUUACUACAGAAAUCAACUGAAACUGCACAACAGCUUAAGAAGACAGCAGGCAUACCUUUCCACGCUAAAGGAAGGGGGUUGGUGAAGAAAAUCGAUACAACAACUCCCCUCAAAGGUAUUCCAAAACAAGCACCAUUUAGAAGUCCAACCACACCAAGCGUGUUUAGUCCUGCUGCUAACAGAACUCCUAUUCCACCUUCAAGAACUCCACUGCGUAAAGAGCGUGGUGUAAAGUUGCUGGAUAUCAAAGAGUUGGAUAUGGUUGGAGCUGGUCGUGAAGCAAAGAGGAGAAGAAAGACGAUAGAAACCGAAGGUGCAGAAAAGCAGGCAAAGGAAGAGACUGUUGCAGAAAAUGUUACUCCCGAUUAUGCAGCAGGUCUUGGCUCUAUACAGAAGCUUGGUGCUUUGAAUAAUGAGACUACAUUAGCAUCAACAAGCUAUCUACCUGCUACACCCAGUGUGGUCCCGUCAUCAUCUUACAUUACCGACUUGGAAGCACAGCAAGUUAUACCUGCUGGAGUUGUAAGAGAUGCAUUGCAGACCAGUAGACAGCCAGAAGAACCUACAACGCCAAACGCUUCUCUUCCUGCAGCAUUUAAGCAGAGAACACAAAUGUACAACAGUAAUGCAAACUCAACUGCAGCCACUGCGCCACUGACCCCUGCAACUCCACCAGUCAUUUCACCUCCAGCACAGGCACCACAGGUAGCACAACAAAUGCAACAGCAGCCACAGUCAGUACAGCAGCAACAACCAAAAAAGGCUCUCUCUCUCACAAAAGAGCAAAUGUAUGCAGCACAAGAAAUGUUCAAGACAGCAAACAAGGUUACACGACCAGAGAAGGCCCUCAUACUUGGUUUUAUGGCAGGAUCCAGAGAGAAUCCUUGUCCGGAACAGGGUGAUGUUAUUCAGAUCAAACUAAGUGAACACACAGAACUUUUACCAAAAGCAGAUGGCUCUGGGAAUACUACCAUGCUGGUUGACACUGUAUUUGAAAUGAACUAUUCUACUGGCCAGUGGACCAGGCUUAAAAAGUACAAGCCCAUAACUAAUGUAUCAUAGGGGACUAAACAUAAGCAUAGUUUUGGACCAAAUCAAGCAGUUAAUCGGCCAGUAUGUGCACCUAAAGAAAUCGCCAAAUAUAGUUGAAUUCAAGCAGUUCUGUACUGCUGUCCAGAGUGAAUGUCCAGAUUACAUGUUCAGUGGUACUGAAGGUACUGGAAAUUAACAGAAAUAUGCUGGAUUACUUGCAGUUGUGUAAUAUGGCCUUCAGAGGACGACCAUACUGUUCCCCCCAUUCAGUUACAUGGAUUUUAUUUUUACACAUUUAUAACUGUCUGGCAAAGAAGUGGAAGAAACCUGUGUUUAUUUCAGUCACCGUGCUGUGUAUUAGCUACUAUGCUCUGGCUAAGAAAAGAGCAGAGUCUUAUCUUGCUGUUGAAGCUGUGGAUACGUUUUGCCAAUAAAUCCUCCUGCAAUUGUUAAACAAUUGGUGCUUCUCAGGACCUGGGCAGAGAAGUGUUCAAAAUUUACAUAGUGACGACAGGAUUUCAAUACAGUUCCUUUCUUUUAAGUGUUGCUGUACGUCAUUUGCAGUUCAUACCUCAUCACCAUCUUUUUUUUUUUUAAUUAAAGUGUGUAGUUCAAAAUAUAUGUGUUGUCAGGAAAAAGUCUUGCGUCUGCCCAAAAACUGAUAUCUGAAGUAGUAGAGAUUUAUUUCAGGAAUGAUUAUUUGAUGAUUAUUAUUUGUUGACUAGUCAUGUUAAAUACCCCUUAAAUACACGUAAAAACCCUAUUUUGUUAAUUUAAAACGGUAAAUGUGUUUGUUUUUUGUUUUACUGUAAUAACCCCCUCAAGUGUCCUUUCUUAGUCAGUAUGUUUUUUGCUGACUUAUGCUUUUCUGAUUGCUGGUUGUUUUUCUGUUUGCUGGUUGCUUUGGUUUGUCAUGUUUUUUUAGCUGUAUUUUAACAGUGUCGAAAAGAAUGUGCAUCUCUGGAUGUAACACUGAAGUCAGUUUUAUAGGAACACUGAUAUGAUGGUACAUGUUACCACUGCCUGUUUUCAUCUGCUUUAUUGCACUAACUUCAUAUUUCACCAUUUUGUUCAUUACCAGUGAUUUUAGUUAACUCAGUACACUAAGAUGUGGGCUAAAAAUUUGAUACCAUAAAAGUCCCUUCUGAUAUCUGGUACCUUUGAAGUAAAAUUCAUUUUGUUGCAUAUAUGUCACCUCCAGCAUAGCAUUUUUAUUAAUGUGACUUUUUGUACAAUUGUUAAAACAUUUGUAGGUCUGCUAUAUCUGAAACGUACCAUAUAUAAUGCAUACUACAUUUUCUAAGGGCAGCUUGUAUGAUAUUCAGUUUUAUGAAUGCCCAGCUGAAGUAGUAUAUUUUGUUCUGUACUGGACAGCUGGUUUAUCUAGCAUUGUAGAUAUCUUCAUGUGCUGUGCUGGUCUUGCAGUGCAUAAUGCAGCUGUCAAGUAAAACUUUUAUUGUAUAAUUGUGA